UAUGGUGGACUUGAUAAUCCUAUUAAUUUGCUCCACUCCUAGUCUCCUACAAACAAUGGCAAUUGAGUCAUUGACAUUGGUUCCUAUCCCUAAUUGUUGGUUUGUUACUUUGUUUAGCCUUUGGUUUUUGGCAUAUUACUUCCUACAUUUGUAUAGAAGUCUAUACUCAAUGAAAUCCCCUCCUCACUCGCGUUCCUUUUCCUAACUAAACCAACAACCAAACACAAUCCCCAAACAACACCAAAUCUCAUCUACCAAGCUCAAGAAAUGAACAUCAAUGGCGACAAUACCCCCAACAAUCCACUUCCUCCUACCAGAUGGGAUCACCGUUCAACAUCCGGAAUCCUCAAAUCAACCGCCGUUAUCUUCUUCUCUCUCUUCCCUUCAUUCUUCUUCCUAUCUCUCCUUCUCUUCUCCUUUCGUACCCUCCUAGAGAAUGGCACCGUUUAUGUCACUUCCUUCAUCGACCGUGACCCAUCUGUUAAAUCCCUUCUUUCCCGCGUCGACAUCGCAGCCAAUAAUCAAAAUAUCAAUAACCCAUCUUCAGAUUCUCUUUCCCCUUCUUCUGUUCGUCACCGUCGUCACCGCCCUUUUCUACAUCUUACACGUGUCGGAACCCUAGAUGAUGAUUUCUUUUCUGGCGAUGAUGAUGAUGAUCACCGAUCCCUUUUCUUUAAUUCACGAAAUUCGUAUUCUAAUUAUACUUUUGUCACUCUUCAAGAUUUCAACCCCGUAUUUAGGGUUUCCAAGAUUGAAUUGGAAGAGAAUCUGAACAAGAAAAACGGUUAUAAUAGUACCAGUAAUUUGAGGCAGGAUGAUAUUCAGGAGGAGGAGAGAGAAAAUAUUGUUGAUUUACGAUUCUUUGUGGCGGGUUUGGAAUUGGGUCGUCGUGAUGCUGCUGCGUUGUUAGUUAUUGUGAGUGUUCUUUCUGCUGCUUAUGGGUGGAUUAUUUUGGGGUUUGUCAUAACUUAUUCAUGGGCAUUUGGUAUUGUUUUCAUUUCUGUUGUGAAUGAUUUGUUAGGAAGGUAUAUUUCUUUUAUUGAUUCUGUUUUGAAUGGGUCUAAAUUGGGGGUUAAGAAGCUUUCUGGAUUUAUUCUUAUGAGGUGGGCUGUUAGGGACGCAUUGACUCAGAUUCUAGGGUUGUGGUUUUUCGGUGAAAUUCAUGAUCAGUACUCGUUUUUUAAGCUGUUUUUGAGGUUAAAAUUGAUGCCUUUUUCGGUUAGUUCACCAUGGGUGCCAGGUUAUGAUAGGGAGGUUUCAGGGUUUCUGUUUGCUUGGUACUUGAUGGAUACAAUUGUGUCGUUCGUGUUUGCUGUCGAUUCGUGGGUGACGAUUGCAAACACGAGGCGAGGUGGUGGUCGUGACAUCAUUAAAGAAGGGUGUUAUUUGUUGGCAACAAUGAUUCAUCAAUCUAUUCAGCUCAAGUGUUUGGAGUUGAUUUUGUGUGGGGCUUUUAUGAGAUGGGUUAUAGCUGGAUUAUUUGGGAGAUCAUUUGCUGUUCUUUUACAGGCCUUGGUUGAGGUUUAUUUCAUGGUGGCGUGGUUGAUUUAUUACUUUUCGGCGAGGUCUAAAGACGCUAAUUUCAAUGGGAGAACAUUUGGGAACAGUGAUAUAGAAGGGUUGAUUGAGGGCCUUAGAUGAUGCUAAGUAUUGGCCAGGUGAAAAAUUCACCUGUUGGAUUCAGUCUAUGUUUGAAUCGAAGGGUCGUGCUAAUCUUUGGACCCGUUUUGUCAAGUGUGAUCCUGCUCCGCGGAUGUUGUAAGAGUGCUUGAUUUGGUGCCGCCUUGAGCAAUUCGUUGUAUGUACUACAUACCAAGGCAAGAUAUUGCUUGUGUACAUUUUUGAGAGACCUGCUCCAUGUGUAUAUUUCUUGCCAUAAUUUCUUAGCUUUAUUUUUGAAUUUCUAAUUGCAUUGAUGCCAUAUAUAGCAGGUUGCUGAUCCUCUGCAGUAUGAUAGGAACUUGUUGCCCAAUGUAUUGGUUCUUAGUGGGAGUCUGUUGAACAAAUAGGGUUAGUCUUUGCAGCUCCUCAAUUUAAAACUUAGUAUGUAUAAAAGGAAUGAAACAUGAUUAUAUCCAAGCAUAAAUUAAAACUUGCUUGCA